AUGCACUACAAGCUUGUGAGGGCUAUCUCCAGUAGCCUGGCCCAGGAGAGGCCUGGGUAUCUGUUUUGCCUACCAGAUCAGGGGUUCUUCAAGUCUUCAGUGCAUGGCAGCUUGCAUCUCCCGCUGACUCCUGCCAAGCUGGACGCCUCCGAAUCCUGUGAGGAGGCUGCCAGAUACCCCCCAGCGUGCUUCAGUGAUAUCCAAGUGCCUGACCUCAAACCCACAGCCAAGGACAAUGACAAACACAUUGUGUCAGUGGAGAACAGCCGCCAUGUCAAAGAUGCUUCUACAAUCACAGAUGUGUGCACCAAUGGGGACGUCCCAGAGGUGGAGAUCAUCAGCCUGCUGCAGGAACAGCUCCCACAUUACACUCUACGAGCCGACACCAUGUUUGGAUAUGAGCACGAUGACUGGCUGCACACCCCUCUGCUCCCGCCUGAUUUGCCCUUGCGCCUCACCCCCGAGCAGAUAGGGGAAACCUUAAAAUAUUUCCUCUUGUGUUCUGAGCGUGUGGGCAGAGUGACCAAGACCUAUCGGGACAUAGAUGCUGUGACCGGUCUGCUUGAGGAGAAAGAGAGAGACCUAGAGCUCGCUGCCCGUAUUGGGCAAUCUCUUUUGAAGCAGAAUCAAGAACUGACAGCAAGAAAUGAGUUUCUGGAGGAACAACUGGAGGCUGCCAAAGAGGAGGUCUUUCAGCUGCGACAUGACAUCUCAAUGCGGGAGGAUCUUCUCCAUCUUUAUACCAGCAAUUCGGACAGUGAUCCAGUGUCCGCAACUUCUACUCCGUUGCGUAGGAAUCAGUCAUCAUUUUGUCUUCAGCAAAGUAUUCAUCUGGAUACACUGGAGCAGAAGCUCAAGAGCUUGGAAGAUGACAACCAGAAGAUGCGCAGUAAGGCCGAUCAUAUACUUGAAGCUACCAAUGAGUAUGAGGAGCAGGAGGGGUCCUUGAUGCUGGACUGUGUCGAACAAUUCUCUGAGGCCAGCAGACAGGUGGCAAUGCUGGCAGAAGAGUUAGCGCGAAGGGGAGAAGAUGCAGUCCGACAGCAGGAGGAGAUCAGCCAGCUCCUGGCACAGAUAGUAAAUCUACAGCAGAAAUGCCGCAGUACCUCUACAGAGAAUGAAGAACUGCAGCAACAUCUGGCCGCUGUGAAGGAACGGGAGCGUCUCCUGAAAACGGAGCUUCAGUAUCUGCAGGAGAAACACAAAGAAUGCCAGGACAUGUUAAAUGAAGCCCAGGAAGAGUUAAAGAACCAGCGGAACCGAAGUCUGCCCAACAGCACCAUCAGCAGAUACAGCACCUUGAACAUCUUCCCCCUGGAUUCCUUAGCUGCGGAGAUUGAAGGAACAAUGAAAAAAGGCAUUGAUGCUUCCUCAGAACUCAAGAGCUACAAGCGAGUGUUUGAGACGGUCAAAGCUGCCAACCAAGUGGUGAGGACCAAAUCUCGUUGCCCGUCCCCUCAGAAUAUAACAGGCUCUCAAGCUCCCUCACAGAGGCCAUCUGCUGCACCGAGUCGUGUUGGUACUCCACCAAUGAGUUUCUGUGAGUCAGAGGGUGCCAGCAUGGUGCUAGAGGAGGAGGAGACCCUACUUCCUGUAGACAGUGAAGCUUCUGUUCUUGGAGGGAAGAAGUUAGGAACCCCUGGUACACCUGGGGGCACAGACCUGGCAGCAGCUCUUCAGAGACUCAGUGCUCAGCAGGAUUCUCAAUCUCAGGACAGCUUUUUCGAACAGAGGGAACAGAAGAUGCAACAACAUGAUGAGACAAAUAGUGGGUUCCUUACCCCAAAUGAGAGUGUCCUAUCCACUGGCACCAAUUACUCUGGCAUCUCUGAGGCCACUGGCAGCUCAAGUUUCUCUUUGGGUUCGAGGUCCUACCUACCAGAGAAGUUGCAGAUAGUGAAGCCUUUAGAAGGAUCAGCAACCCUCCUGCAUUGGCAGCAGUUAGCAAAGCCCAACUUAGGUGGCAUUCUGGAUCCUCGGCCUGGUGUGUUAACCAAAGACUUCCAGGAAUUGGACAUUGACGUUGAAGAUGUCUACAACCUCAACGACUUUGAGGAGGACGACAUGGAGCCUAUAUCUUUUGAAGCCAUUGCUACAUCCACUCCAACCAAAAACAAACCACUUAAAAGCAUGUUCCGUUCUGUUAACAACCUUCCCCAGACUCCAUCUACGUACACUAUUACCACAUGUCGUAUGUCACACCCUCUGCAGGACAUUACACAGGUCACCUCCAGUCUUCGUACAGUACUUUCCUCGUGUGGUAGCUUUGAGAGCCUGAGUUCCUUCAGCCUUGAACCUCACAAAGACAUGCCCGUAGUGACCUCUCUCCCACCAAGGAAUGAUCAACCCAUCUCUGGACGCAACACUCCCUUCGGAUUAGUUACCCUCUUAAAAGAACAUGGUAUAUCUGCCACUGCAGACCCCAGCAACAAAACCUCAACUGAAGCUGAAGUUAGGCCACCUGCACCUUUUGCAUACCCACCUAUCUUUCAAUUGGGUUGGGGUAAGACUUUAAGAGGUCUAGGCUUUGGAAGAUCUGUUGUGGACAGUGCUUCAGUGAAUGAGAAACAAGAUACUGGUGCUACACAGAAAAGCAUCUUCAGUAUAAACCUGGUGGAACAGUUACGGAGACUUGGCUUGAAUCAGGUUGUAGAGAGGGGUAUGGCAUCUUUUCAAAAGACAACAGAAGCCAAGAACCCUUCAAGCUGAUUCCAUAAACCGUGACUGAACAGAAUGAAAAUGAAUUUGCACUGACUUGACUGUUGGAGGACAAUAUAUUCUGGCAUGUGGAUGCCACAAUACCUUUUUUUUUUUUUUUUUUUUUUUUUUUUUUUUUUUAUUAGCUUGCAUGUUCUGCUAGAAGGAUGUGGUGGUAGAAGCAAAGGGGUUUUAGGGACGGGCACUUUAUGACUAUGCAACCUACAUUUGUAUGUUCCUCCAUAUAUAUUACAAGAGAGACAUCUUGUAUCUGUCACAGGAACUAAAGAGGGACAUGUAGCUGUCCCUAUAGCAAGGUGAUAUAAUGCUCUUCUGUAAGUUGUAAAUCCACAAUUACCUUCAGAUAAUAGUGCUCGAUUAACCAUCCUGUUUCCUUCUGUAGAACAUCUCAGUGGUUCCAUCCCAGUGGUAUAAAUUCAAGUUUUCAUGUUCUUAGCGUCUAAUUUUUUACCACAGAAUAUAUAUGAGGAAUAAGUAAGGCUUGGCUGAGGUCUUUUUAAUGUAAGCGCAUUGCACAUCUGAACUAUUUACUUGAAAGGUUCAAGUCAGUGGUCCAAAUCCAUGUUUUACUGUAUCCUGGUUGCACAGGACAAAGGUUCUAUUUUUCAUAUCCAUAAAGAAAUGUGAUUAUUGUCAGUGACAAAUGCUAGCAAUAGCUACUUUCUUCUCUACUUCCAUCUACUAGUGAGUGAUGUACCAGUACUGUUCAUACUACAAGACCGUGUGGCUAGAUUUGGGUUUAUUUGAUCAACAUCUGCAACGUAUUCUUUAAAGUAUCUCAAGACUCGAGAGAAAAGGUUGUGAUACUGUAAAUAAGGUCUUUGCCAGGUCUGCCCUGUACUGCUGAUGACCACCAUGAUUGGAAAUGUUGUGGUGUACAUGCUGAGACAUAAGUGUUGUAAUAAUGGAAUUUUCUUCUGCACUGAUUAUAUGUAACUUUAAUAAAUUGAAUAUAUAAAUGUC